AUGGGGCGGAAACGGGAUGGAUUCAUUUCAAUAAUAUUCCUGGUUUUGAUCGUUGCCGAUGUUUCCAGCGCGGCGAGGCUCUCCGGCCUCCGGAAGAAGUUGGCCGGAUUGGUGACUCCUCAGGAUUCCGGCGGAGCCCAAGUCUCUCCGUCGCCGACUCCAAAUCCUGAAGUGGUUGAUAAAAAUAAGGCAACGAAUGAUAACACGACCGCAGGUAAUUCAAAUGUUGUGGAGAACCCAGCAAAGGAAAACCCGGUAACUCCAACUACAGCGGAUAAUUCAACCACGAAAACACCCGAGAUGCCAAAACCAUCGGCAAAUCCAACCCCCGUCGGCUCCAAUAGCACAGAAACACCUGCUCCUCCUCCUAAGAGUACCCGAGGAGCCGAGGAGGGUGGGAAGAAGGACGAAGAGAAGAAGACAGAUACGAACAAAACAGUGCCCCAGCAGCAGCAGCUGGAGGGUGGAGAAAAUUGUACAGGGUUGCCUACGAGGUGUACUGACCAGAAUUCCUUGGUUGCUUGUUUUCUUCGUUUUAAUGAGGAGUCAAGGAGAUUUGUUGUUCUAGUGCAAAAUAUCGGAGAACAAAAUUUGAGUGUGGAUCUCUCUGCUCCAAAUCCAUUGGACGAUUCAUCAAUUCAAAUCGGCAAACAUCAAAGUACAAAGGUUAAUUUACAAGUUGGCAAAAGUGACCAAGUAAUUUUAAAAGCAGGGAAUGCAGAAUGCGUUCUCCACAUGGACCCCGGAUUGAUUCAGACUAGUCAGGCAGGGAACUUUGUCUUCCGUCUCCCUUCUUACAACAAGCUAUUGACCCCUGUCAACGGUGCAUACCUACUGAUUCUCACAGUGGUUCUAUUCGGUGUAAUAUGGGGUUGUUGCUGCUUGUUUAGGAAGGGCAGAGUAGCACAGGGCGAAUUGCCUUAUCAAGAACUCGAGAUGGCUGCCCCAGAUAACGAGUUACCUAACGAUCUGGAAACGGCAGAAGGUUGGGAUGAUGGUUGGGAUGACGACUGGAACGAUGAUAACUCAGUCAAGUCGCCAGCUGUACGAGGGAGCAUCUCCGGCACUGGCCUCACUGCUAGAUCUUCAAACAGAGACUCAUGGGAUAACAACUGGGACGACUAG